AAAAUCAAAGACCCAAUCUUUCUUUCACUUGCCAAUCUCUAGAUGACAAUCCUUCUCCAAAUUUCCUAACAACAUAUUCUUUUUAGAUCGCAAAAGGGAACAAUAUUACUUUUUUGAACACUCUGUUACAAUGGCAGAAAAUCUAGAACUGGGCCUUUUGUGUACAGAGACCAACGUUGGUGAUGAAGAGAACGGCAUGAUUGUUGACAAAAUUCCGAUUCUUGUUCGUGAAAUUUCGAUUCCUCAGAUGGGUUUUCCAUCGGAGAGCGAAGAGAUUAUCAGAGAGAUGAUGGAGAAGGAGAAGCAGCGUUUACCCAGAGAUGAUUACAUCAAGAGACUCAGAAGUGGAGAUUUGGACUUGAAUGUCAGAAGAAGAGAAGCCCUUAAUUGGAUUUGGAAGGCUAGUGAAGCACACCAGUUUGGACCAUUGUGCAUUUGCUCAUCAGUGAAUUACUUUGAUCGAUUCUUAUCGGUUCACGAUCUCCCUAGUGACAAAGCUUGGACGGUGCAGUUGCUGGCUGUGGCUUGUUUAUCCUUGGCAGCCAAACUUGAAGAAAGUGAAGUCCCGAUGUUAAUAGAUCUUCAGGUUGGAAAUCCUCAGUUUGUGUUUGAGGCGAAAUCAGUCCAAAGAAUGGAACUUUUGGUGUUGAACAGAUUGGAAUGGAAAUUGAGAGCGAUAACUCCGUGCUCAUACAUAAGUUAUUUCCUGAGAAAGAUGAGUAAAUGUGAUCAAGAACCAUCCAACGCACUGAUAUCCAGAUCACUACAAGUGAUAGCCAGCAAAACCAAAGGUAUUGACUUUUUGGAGUUUAGACCUUCUGAAGUUGCUGCUGCUGUGGCACUUUCUGUUUCUGGAGAGUCGCACACAGUACACUUUGACAACUCUUCCUUCUCUCCUCUUUUCUCGCUUCUUCAAAAGGAGAGAGUGAAGAAGAUUGGGGAAAUGAUAGAGAGUGGUGGCUCAGGCUUAUGUACACAAACACCCAAUGGGGUUUUAGAAGUAUCAGCUUGUUGUUUCAGCUUUAAGACUCAUGAUUCUUCAACUUCUCAUACACAUCUUUCUUAAAUUUCUCUGUUUUGUUUCUAAUUUACUAUUAUUCCUAUGUCUGAGGAGAAGAUUGGAAAAGAAAAAUAAUCAUAGCAAAAAUAAAAAUUAAAAA